CACUUCCUCGGCGUCUUUCUCGCUGCCGUGUCGACUCAAAAACCUCUCUCCCUCUGAGCAAGCAAAUCCCCCGCCUCUUAUCUAAAAACCUCAACGUCUCACUUACUUUCUCUCUGCAAAACUGGCUCACAAGAAGAAUGAAUUCACUUUCUCUCCAAACCAAAAUUUCUCUUAACCCAAACGACCUUCAUUUUCGUUUUCAGUGCCGAAGAAGGUCUCAGAGAAUCAGUUUUUCGAAGAAAAUCCAUGUAAAGAUCAGAUGCUCAGCAGCUGACCAGCCUCAACAACAACAACGCACAAAGAAGAAGAAAAGCGCGAGUGGUGGUGAAAAGGGAAUUGACCCAGUUGGGUUCCUCACCAGACAGGGAAUUGCCCAUAAAUUAUUUUCUCAGUUUCUCCGUGAAAGGCACAAGGCCUUGAAGGACCUUAAAGAUGAAAUUUUUAAACGUCACUUCAAUCUCAGAGAUUUUGCCUCAGGAUUUGAGAUAUUGGGUAUGCAUCGGCACAUGGAACAUCGAGUAGAUUUUAUGGAAUGGGCUCCAGGUGCUCGGUAUUGUGCACUAGUUGGUGACUUCAAUGGGUGGUCGCCAGCGGAGAAUGCUGCAAGAGAGGGUCAUUUUGGCCGUGAUGAUUAUGGAUACUGGUUUAUCAUUCUGGAGGAUAAAUUAAGAGAAGGGCAAGAGCCAGAUGAACUCUAUUUUCAACAGUAUAACUAUGUAGAUGACUAUGAUAAAGGUGACAGUGGUAUUACAAUUGGGGAGGUCUUCCAGAAAGCAAGUGAUGAAUACUGGGAACCUGGAGAAGACCGGUUUGUAAAAAACAAUCUUGAAGUGCCAGCAAAGUUGUAUGAGCAAUUAUUUGGCCCUAAUGGCCCUCAAACGAUCGAGGAGUUGGGAGACAUACCAGAUGCUGAAACAAGAUAUAAAGCAUGGAAAGAGCAACAUAAAGAUGAUCCACCAAGUAACUUGCCUCCAUUUGAUGUCAUUGAUAAUGGAAAAGAAUAUGACAUUUUUAAUAUUGUAAGCGAUCCUGCUUGGAAAGAGAAAUUUCGUGCAAAGAAGCCUCCCUUGCCAUACUGGCUAGAGACACGAAAAGGAAGACAGGCAUGGUUGAAAAAAUAUUUUCCAGGUAUUCCUCACGGAAGCAAGUAUAGAGUCUAUUUCAACACUCCUGAUGGACCACUAGAGCGAGUUCCACCUUGGGCUACAUAUGUGCAGCCUGAUGAUAAUGGAAAGCAAGCCUAUGCAAUACACUGGGAACCACCACCUGAGUUUGCAUACAAAUGGAAAAACACCCCACCAAAAGUUCAGAAGUCAUUGCGUAUAUAUGAAUGCCAUGUUGGGAUUAGUGGAAGUGAACCAAAGAUAUCUUCUUUCAGUGAUUUUACUGAGAAGGUCAUCCCUCAUGUAAAAGCAGCUGGAUAUAAUGCAAUCAAAUUGAUUGGAAUUGUUGAGCACAAAGAUUAUUUUCACUGUUGGUUAUAGAGUCACCAAUUUGUAUGCUGUUAGUAGCCGAUAUGGCACCCCUGAGGAUUUCAAGCACUUGGUGGAUGAAGCACAUGGUUAAAGUUCUUCAUAUUUCAUAUGUUUCUUUAAUUUCUCUUUAUUUUUCCC